UGAUGCACAAAGUAGCAACUUAUGUAACCUGGGAAAAGAAAAGAAGAAAAGGAGUAGCAACUCUUCACACCAUAUAUGGCAUAAACCCUAGGAGACCCCUCCAUCUCUAGUUGACGGACACGUGGCACCAGCCACUCCCCUCUCUCUCUCUCCCCCAUAUUUUCCCCUUAUUUUCCAUUAAGGCAAAAAUACAGCCCCCUGUUUCUCUCUCUCUCUCUCUCUCUCUCUACCCACAUUGCCGUUUUCCUUAUCACGAAAUUACAUUGAAGAAUUUCGAGGUUUUCUUUUUUUGCUUAGAAACAGGAAAAUAAAAAAGAAAAAAAAAACGAAGAAAUAAUGAAGCACAGCAGCAUGAGUAAAGAGUACACUGUGUUAGCUUCUCCGACCAAGGAUGAAACCACUGUCGCUCAAAUCCUACUCGAUCUCAACUUUCUAUUCUCCUUAACUGAAUCCUUGUCCAAUUUCAACUGGACUUGCAGGCGUAGGAGAUCUUCCUACGAUGCGGCUCCACCCUUACGCCGUGGUCCCUCGAUUCGGAAGACGGACGACGGCGGAAUCGACGAGAGAAGGCCGCCUGUUCAAACGGAGGAGUUCGUCAACGAGAAGAGCGGCGCCGCCCGCACCACCGCCAGUCCCGACACCCCACUCUCUUUCUCCCCCAGCGAUACCGACCAACACUCGUCAAAGAAAAAUUCCAAGAAAAGGCCAAGACAAGAUUAUAUUGAAAUGAUACAAGGAUUAACCCAGCGCAAGGACUUGCUUCGAGGGGAGAUUGAGAAUGUGAAGAAGUAUUACGACAAGUUGAAGGCCUAUAAUUCAGAAUUAAAAUCAAUGAAACAAAAGGUGCUAAAUACUUACCCAACAAAACAAGAUCUCCAGAUGUCAGUAGGCGUAGGGAUGAAUCCUGGAACCGAAUUAGCGCACCGUUAUCGGAUUCAUCAACAGCCGUUGAUUGAAGAUCCAACGGUGCAUAUGUUUCAACACUCUGUUGGCCCAAUCACCAGCCAGUUAUUAUACCCACACCCGGGCCCACAUGGGUUCGAUCUUAAUAUUCCAGCUGAUGAGGCGUUCGGAGAGGAGCCAUCCCAGCCGUUGGAUUUGAACAGAGCUCUUGUUGAUCAACGGGCCAGAUUCGCUGAAGCUAGGAGGAUUAGGAGAGAAAUAAUGAAGACCAAGUCCUCCAUCACCACGAGAUAAUAAUGAAACUCACUAUUUAAUUUGUGAUAUUUUUAUUUAAUGGUAAGUUGGUAACAACUUGUUACAAUAGGGUAUAAUUUACUAUACGGGACUACAGUUUAUUAACAUAUUCUUUUUCUAUUUUUGGGUAACUUGUAAGAUUUCAUUUGACUUUGAAAAUUUGGAUUAUAUUUUUAUUGCAUUAAUUAUGGAAAUUAAGGUUGUUAAUUUGACUAAGAGAUAAUACUACUUGUUAAGGAGUGUGAUUGUGAUAUUUUGUUAUUAUUUUUGAUAUUGUUGCCAUGAUUAAGGCUGCAUUUAAGAUUUUUUAUACUGAGGCAAGUUUUUGAUAUUACAUUUUCCUUUUUCUUUUUCUUUUUUUAUUUUAUUUUUUAUUUAUUACUUUUCCAAGAUUUUUACUAGGGUUCUUCUAUAAUUUCAAGAACUGGACUGUGUCAACGGUUAAUAUUGGACAAACAAACCAGACAAAUGGACCAAUGGCUUAAAACAAAUCUUACACAUAUAAACUAAUGAGGCAACAAGUGUACUAAAAACAAUACUUAUAACAAACAAAUGCACAAAUAGUACUCAACAAUUAAAAACCAGCUGAAAAUGCAAGAAAAGUUCAGGUCUCAAUCG